AUGAGGCAAGUGCUGUGGUUGUGUAAUGUCUGCGAAACCUCACGGGAAACCCGCCACCACCUCCACCUCCCUGCCAUCCUCGACAAGAUGCCUGCCCCCGGCGCCCUCAUCCUCCUUGCGGCCGUCUCCGCCUCCGGCUGCCUGGCGUCCCCGGCCCACCCCGAUGGAUUCGCCCUGGGCCGGGCUCCUCUGGCUCCUCCCUACGCUGUGGUCCUCAUUUCCUGCUCCGGCCUGCUGGCCUUCAUCUUCCUCCUCCUCACCUGUCUGUGCUGCAAACGGGGCGAUGUCGGCUUCAAGGAGUUUGAGAACCCUGAAGGGGAGGACUGCUCCGGGGAGUACACUCCCCCUGCGGAGGAGACCUCCUCCUCACAGUCGCUGCCUGAUGUCUACAUUCUCCCACUGGCUGAGGUCUCCUUGCCAAUGCCUGCCCCGCAGCCUUCACACUCAGACAUGACCACCCCCCUGGGCCUUAGCCGCCAGCACCUCAGCUACCUGCAGGAGAUUGGGAGUGGCUGGUUUGGGAAGGUGAUCCUGGGAGAGAUUUUCUCCGACUACACCCCUGCCCAGGUGGUGGUGAAGGAGCUCCGAGCCAGCGCAGGGCCCCUGGAGCAACGCAAGUUCAUCUCCGAAGCCCAGCCCUACAGGAGCCUGCAGCACCCCAAUGUCCUCCAGUGCCUGGGUCUGUGUGUGGAGACACUGCCGUUUCUGCUGAUUAUGGAGUUCUGUCAACUGUGUGAAGGGGCGGGGCCAGGGCGUGGCUGGAGGGCUGCCCCUGCGCUCACCUCCUCUCAUUCUUCCCGCAGCGACCUGGCCCUGCGCAACUGCCUGCUGACCUCUGACCUGACCGUGCGCAUCGGAGACUACGGGCUGGCCCACAGCAACUACAAGGAGGAUUACUACCUGACCCCAGAGCGCCUGUGGAUCCCGCUGCGCUGGGCGGCGCCUGAGCUCCUCGGGGAGCUCCACGGGACCUUCAUGGUGGUGGACCAGAGCCGCGAGAGCAACAUCUGGUCCCUGGGGGUGACCCUGUGGGAGCUGUUUGAGUUUGGGGCCCAACCCUACCGCCACCUGUCAGACGAGGAGGUCCUCGCCUUCGUGGUCCGCCAGCAGCACGUGAAGCUGGCCCGGCCGAGGCUCAAGCUGCCCUAUGCAGACUACUGGUAUGACAUCCUUCAGUCCUGCUGGCGGCCACCUGCCCAGCGCCCUUCAGCCUCUGAUCUCCAAUUGCAGCUCACCUACUUGCUCUCCGAGCGGCCCCCCCGGCCCCCACCGCCGCCACCUCCACCCCGAGACGGUCCCUUCCCCUGGCCCUGGCCCCCUGCACACAGUGCACCCCGCCCGGGGACCCUCUCCUCGCCAUUCCCCCUACUGGAUGGCUUCCCUGGAGCCGACCCUGACGAUGUGCUCACGGUCACCGAGAGCAGCCGCGGCCUCAACCUCGAGUGCCUGUGGGAGAAGGCCCGGCGUGGGGCCGGGCGGGGUGGGGGGGCACCUGCCUGGCAGCCGGCGUCGGCCCCCCCGGCCCCCCACGCCAACCCCUCCAACCCGUUCUAUGAGGCGCUGUCCACGCCCAGCGUGCUGCCUGUCAUCAGCGCCCGCAGCCCCUCUGUGAGCAGCGAGUACUACAUCCGCCUGGAGGAGCACGGCUCCCCUCCUGAGCCCCUCUUCCCCAACGACUGGGACCCCCUGGACCCAGGAGUGCCCGCCCCUCAGGCCCCCCAGGCCCCCUCCGAGGUCCCCCAGCUGGUGUCCGAGACCUGGGCCUCCCCCCUCUUCCCUGCACCCCGGCCCUUCCCAGCCCAGUCCUCAGCGUCAGGCAGCUUCCUGCUGAGCGGCUGGGACCCCGAGGGCCGGGGCGCCGGGGAGACCCUGGCGGGAGACCCUGCCGAGGUCCUGGGGGAGCGGGGGACCGCCCCGUGGGUGGAAGAAGAAGAGGAGGAGGAGGAACCCGACCCAGGAGCGCCCCGGCCACCUCCAGAUCCGGGUCCGCUCCCGCUCCCGGGGCCCCGGGAGAAGCCGACCUUCGUGGUUCAAGUGAGCACCGAGCAGCUGCUGAUGUCCCUGCGGGAGGAUGUGACAAGGAACCUCCUGGGGGAGAAGGGGGCGACAGCCCGGGAGACAGGACCCAGGAAGGCGGGGAGAGGCCCCGGGAACAGAGAGAAAGUCCCGGGCCUGAACAGGGACCCGACAGCCCUGGGCAACGGGAAACAAGCCCCAAGCCCGAGCCUCCCAGUGAACGGGGUGACAGUGCUGGAGAACGGGGACCAGAGAGCCCCGGGCAUCGAGGAGAAGGCAGGCAUCGAGCAGAAGGCGGCGGAGAAUGGGGCCCUGGGGUCCCCCGAGAGAGAAGAGAAAGUGCUGGAGAAUGGGGAGCUGACACCCCCAAGGAGGGAGGAGAAAGCGCUGGAGAAUGGGGAGCUGAGGUCCCCAGAGGCCGGGGAGAAGGUGCUGGUGAAUGGGGGCCUGACACCCCCAAAGAGCGAGGACAAGGUGUCAGAGAAUGGGGGCCUGAGAUUCCCCAGGAACACGGAGAGGCCACCAGAGACUGGGCCUUGGAGAGCCCCAGGGCCCUGGGAGAAGACGCCCGAGAGUUGGGGUCCAGCCCCCACGAUCGGGGAGCCAGCCCCAGAGACCUCUCUGGAGAGAGCCCCUGCACCCAGCGCAGUGGCCUCCUCCCGGAACGGCGGGGAGACAGCCCCUGGCCCCCUUGGCCCAGCCCCCAAGAACGGGACGCUGGAACCCGGGACCGAGAGGAAAGCCCCCGAGACUGGGGGGGCGCCGAGAGCCCCAGGGGCUGGGAGGCCCGGGGCCCCAGACAGCAGGGCCGGCGGAGACACGGCACCCAGCGGAGACGGGGACCCCCCCAAGCCCGAGAGGAAGGGCCCCGAGAUGCCACGACUAUUCUUGGACUUGGGACCCCCUCAGGGGAACAGCGAGCAGAUCAAAGCCACGCUUGAGGAAACAGUUAUCAUCUCCAGAGAGGAGCCUGUGGCUCAGUGGGCAAGGGAGACGCCAACCAACGAGCUGAGCGUCCAGGGCCCCCCCGAGGGGGACACGGACCCGUCAACGCCUCCAGCGCCCCCGACGCCUCCCCACCCCGCCACCCCCGGAGAUGGGUUUCCCAGCAACGACAGCGGCUUUGGAGGCAGUUUCGAGUGGGCGGAGGAUUUCCCCCUCCUCCCCCCUCCAGGCCCCCCGCUGUGCUUCUCCCGCUUCUCCGUCUCGCCUGCGCUGGAGACCCCGGGGCCACCCGCCCGGGCCCCCGACGCCCGACCCGCAGGCUUCACUCUGAAUGUCACUUCCUCCCUGAAGCCGUCAUCGCAGGGCCUCUGUGAGGACAGAGUGGGGGUGCAUUCCAGGGUAUGGGGAUACUGCCAAGUGGAGACGCCAACCAACGAGCUGAGCGUCCAGGGCCCCCCCGAGGGGGACACGGACCCGUCAACGCCUCCAGCGCCCCCGACGCCUCCCCACCCCGCCACCCCCGGAGAUGGGUUUCCCAGCAACGACAGCGGCUUUGGAGGCAGUUUCGAGUGGGCGGAGGAUUUCCCCCUCCUCCCCCCUCCAGGCCCCCCGCUGUGCUUCUCCCGCUUCUCCGUCUCGCCUGCGCUGGAGACCCCGGGGCCACCCGCCCGGGCCCCCGACGCCCGACCCGCAGUCAACAGACACCCCACCCAGCUCUGGAACCAGCUCAGACCAGGUGAUGUCCAUCAGACGGUCAUAGGCAGGCAGGCCGGCUGUCCCCAACCCCUGAGCCUCAGUUUCGCCUUCUGUGGGGAUUCCCCCCACCCCCAACUCUUGCCCAUCUUUGUCCCAUCUCUGGGCUCAGACUCCGGUCUGGCACUUGCCGGAUCCUGA